CAGUCAGUGUCUCCUCCUUGUUGUCACAUGACUGUUGGUCUCAGAUGAAUCAAUCAUGACUUCAUAGUUUCUCUGAGGAGCUCACAGUUUAAUGUUCUUUACAGAAUCUGGUUAAAAUAAACGGUUUAUUAGAGGAGACAUUUUAAAUGAGAACAGAAUAAAAUGUUUUUGAUGAAAUAUCACAAUUGUAAGCUUGGGUUCGGGUUUUUCUUACUGAAGCGUUUGUCACACAUGAUGUGUUCAAUGACCGUCGGAAAGAUGAAAAUCUAACAAUGAUGACGUUUUUCUUAAACCUUCUGGCUGUGAUUCAGUGUAGUUUUGGGGUCUCCGGUGGGUUUUGGGGUUCAGAGGGUUAAACAGAUUGCUGGGCUGAGUUCACUGUGAAUUAUUUAAAGUCUCUUUAUUGCCUUUCAGAGCACAAAGUUAUUAUUGUGGGCCUGGACAAUGCUGGCAAGACCACAAUUCUAUACCAGUUUUCAAUGAAUGAGGUGGUGCACACCUCUCCUACCAUCGGGAGCAACGUGGAGGAGAUCGUGGUCAACAACACUCAUUUCCUGAUGUGGGACAUCGGGGGCCAGGAGUCCCUCCGGUCAUCGUGGAACACGUACUACACAAACACAGAGUUUGUCAUCGUGGUGGUCGACAGCACAGACAGAGAAAGGAUCUCCGUGACCAAAGAGGAGCUCUGCAGAAUGCUCGCACAUGAAGACUUAAGAAGGGCCGGGCUGCUGAUCUUUGCCAACAAGCAGGAUGUGAAAGGCUGCAUGUCGGUGGCUGAGAUCUCCCAGAGCCUCCAGCUCACCUCCGUCAAAGACCACCAGUGGCACAUCCAGGCCUGCUGCGCCCUCACUGGGGAGGGGUUGUGCCAGGGUCUUGAGUGGAUGAUGUCCCGGCUGCGCGUGAGAUGAUGACCUUUUUGACUUUUGAUACAGAGUGCUCCCUCGCUCUUUGUGUUCUCUGCCUCCAGACGUGAGCUAGGAUGGAGGAUGGAGGUUUGAUGGACGGCCCUCUCCUCUUUCCUGUGACGCGCUGACGUGGGCGGACCGACCGCCAGGACGUCAGUUUCUUCUGUGAUAAUUUAUUUUACAAAAGACGUCUUGAACUCGGAGCAACAACAAAGAAAACAAGAGCUUUUCUACUCAAGGACAUUGAACAAUGAGACUCAAAUUAUUUAAACUGAAAUGUGUGCACGGUUUUCCUUUCUCAGCAAAACACGGACGUCGGCAUAAGUGUCUGACGUGGAACUGUACGUGGACUUGUUCUCCAGCUGUGUGGGACUCCAGCCCACGGUGGCCUUGCAGUAUUGCCAGACUGGCUGUGGCAAUUUUGAUUGCCCCCCCCCCCCCCCGUGUGUAUAGUCCAGUAUUCUCUUUUAACGUGGUGCCUGAUGCAGAAUGUUGGAGUGAUGACGGUUAAUGGUGGCUGGAAAGAACAUGCUGAAAUAGGAGGGUAACAAGUCACAACAUGCCCUCUUCUUUUCAGUCCCUACAAAUAAUCAGUGAAAUAAAGUGUUUUUAUCUGUUUCAGGUGAA